AUGCAAAUCUGUUACAAUUCUUCAUUUACUUUUUACGUCACCUGUUUUUAUUUACUAUCGCUUUCUUUUGCUUUUCAUCAAUCGAAAAUCGAUUCAACAACAACAACAACAACAACGACACUAAUUGAUGACGAUGAUUCUAAAAAUGAAUUGAAUAAUGAAAAUGAAUUGCAAUCGAGUGAUGACGAAUACAUAGAUGAAUCAAAAUAUAAUAAAGCAUCAUAUCAACAUGAACAAGAAUUACUAGCAAAUAUCUACGCACCGAAUCGAACCUUUAUCUCGAUGCAUGAUGAUCGCAUUCAUCCGUCGAAUUUCUCGUAUUUUUCAUUUAAUAGACUUGGUACUUAUCGUUUUAUUUUAAUAUCGCUGCGUGGUGAUGCUGAUUUAUAUAUUUCAACACGUCAUAAAUAUGUUACAUACGAUAAUUAUGAAUAUAGCUCAUGUACAUGUGGUAUUGAUGAAAUUCUUACUGAUUAUAGUAUGAAACGACCAAUUUAUAUCGGCAUAUAUGGCUAUUCACGAUAUCAAACAAGUCACUAUCGUUUACUUGUUGAACUAGUUGAUACGAAAAUUUCAAUGGAUGAAGCAAACAACGAACAAUCAAAUGAUGAAAAAUUAUCGAUGUUCUCACAAGAACAACAAAGAUCACCCAUAGAUAGAAAAAAUCCAUCAGCUACUGUAGAGGGUGAAGAGGGUCGACUACAUUUACUUUGGAAUAUAUUUUUGUGGAUUCUAAAUUUUCUUGUCGAAGUAUUAGCGUGA